GUGUGUGUGUGCGCAUGGGAGAGAUAGACGGGGUGCGUUUAAGGAGAGUAGGAUGAGGCAGGCGAUACUCUUCUCUCUACCUGUGGAGAUGAAGGCGAUAAGGGAGGAAGAGGAGAGCGGACGCGGGGACAUGGUGAAGGAAUGUGCAGGAAAACUGGAAUAUGGAGGAGAGAGGUUUGUCUGCAUCUCACCGGAGGAGAUGGAGAGCUACUACAGAUACGCCCAGCGCUGUCAACAGCUACAUAAUGACAUCCUGCAGAGGGAGGAUGGUCCUCUGUGUGCAGCAGAAAUUGGCUCUGAACUCCAGAAACAGUUUGCCAUCCUGCCAGGGGGCCGCGGGAUGGACGGCAACCCCAUCAUCAUCUUCCCUGAAUUCCCAGCAUUCAACGAGCUAGAGGAGGAGGAGGUCCAAAAUGUCCUCGGCUACCUCACCAGCGUCCCCAGUGUUGCAGCAUCAGGAGUGGGUUUCAUCCUGGUCAUCGACAGACGACUGGACCGAUGGGCUGCCGUCAGGGCUACCCUGCUCCGCAUCGCAGGCUCAUUUCCAGGGAACUUGCACUUGGUUCUGGUGUUGCGUCCCACUACUUUGUUCCAGCGGACUCUGUCAGACUUCCUGUUCAAGUACAACAGGGAUGAGUUCAAAAUGAAGGUGGUGAUGCUGAGUUCGGUGACUGAGCUCCAUGCUUAUAUCGACCCAGGACAACUGACCACAGAGCUGGGAGGCACACAGGAAUACUGCCAUGACAGCUGGAUCUCGCACCGCACUGCAAUCGAGGCCUUCGCCCUCAUGGUGAAGACCACGGCUCAGACUCUGCAGGCGUUCGGCACUGAGCUCGCAGAGACGGAGUUACCCAAUGACGCCGAGGCCACCACCAACCUGCUGCACACACACACACUGAAGAAGGAUAAAAUGAAGGAGGACCUGCAGGUGGCGCUGUCUCAAGGAGGACGCCUGUUGGACUGUAUCAAAGAGCCUCUACAGACAGACCCCGAAUACAACAUGACCCACGAUGAACUGGACAACUUAGCUACUGUACAGAGACUCCUGGGUCAGCUGGACGAAACGGAGACGGCGUUCGACGACUUCUGGGAGCGUCACUGCACUAAGCUGGAACAGUGUUUGCAGCUGCGCCAUUUUGAACAGCACUUCCGUGAAGUGCGCGCCCUGCUUGAUGUGACGUCAGAGAGGCUGUUGGGUUUCUCCGAGGUCAGCAUAAGCCCCGCCCAUGCUGAGCACGUCCUCCGAGAGCUCAGCAGCCAUGAGGACAGAGCCUGUGACGUACUGGACCGUGCCUUGUCCCUGGCCUGUGAAGGCGACAGGCUGAUAGAAAACUCGCACUAUGCCGAGGACUCCAUCAGGCCGAAGUGCAGCGAGCUGAGGGGAGUGUGCGAGGAGAUCAGCUCCACACUGAGGAGCAAGAAGAACCUCCUGCUCAGGGCGAUGGAGCUCCACCACGCUCUGGAGAAGGCAUCGCGGUGGUGUGAGGACGGCAUCUUCCUGUUGGCCAGCCAGCCUGUGGACCGCUGUCAGUCUCAGGAUGGAGCUGAAGCGGCUCUGCAGGAACUGGAGCGGUACCUGGACACAGCACCGCUCCACACACUCACUGACCGCAGCGCCAUCUGCUGCCAGUACGAGGCCGUGCUCACUACUCAGCUCAGGGACCAGGUGGAGAGAGUUUUCCAGAAGCAAAGCUCAGUCCAGGAGAUGUUCGAGAAGAGACGCGUCAGCUUGAAGAAACUUGCCGCCAAGCAGACCAGACCAGUCCAACCAGUAGCACCAAGACCCGAAGUGAAGUCUCCACAAUCCUCUCCCAAUCAACAGAGGAAAGAGAGGAGAUACUCUGCAGAUAACGCCAUCUGCAAGAAGGUGGAGUCUCCCAUACACAACGGCGGCACCAGACACGCUUCUCUCUCAGAAGAAGAAGAAAACCUGGCAGUGCUUCGGCGUCACGUGAUGAACGAACUGCUGGAGACGGAGAGAGCGUAUGUGGAGGAGCUGCUGUGUGUGCUGGAGGGCUAUGCAGCAGAGAUGGAUAACCCCGCCAUGGCCCACCUCAUCCCCAGCACCCUGCUCAGCAAGAAAGACGUCCUGUUUGGAAACAUGUCGGAAAUCCACCAGUUUCAUAAGAGGACAUUUCUAAAGGAGCUGGAAGCGUACACUGACUGCCCAGAACUGGUGGGCCGCUGCUUUUUAGAACGGAUGAAGGACCUGCAGAUCUACGAGGCUUACUGCCAGAAUAAACCUCGCUCUGAGAGCUUGUGGAGACAGUGCUCCGACUGUGCCUUCUUCCAGGAGUGCCAGAAGAAGCUGGAACAUAAACUUGGUUUGGACUCCUACCUCCUUAAACCUGUCCAGAGAAUCACCAAGUACCAGCUACUGCUUAAGGAGUUGUUGAAGUACAGUAAAGGCUGUGACGGCUGCGAUGACCUACAGGAAGCUCUCUCCUCUAUUCUGGGGAUCCUUAAAGCCGUUAAUGACUCCAUGCACCUCAUCGCCAUCACAGGAUACGAGGGUAACCUGUCAGAGCUGGGCCGCCUGCUGAUGCAAGGCUCCUUCAGCGUGUGGACGGAGCAUAAAAAAGGUCACGCCAAGGUCAAGGACCUGGCCCGGUUCAAGCCCAUGCAGAGGCACCUGUUCCUGCACGAGAAGGCCCUGCUCUUCUGUAAGAGGAGGGAGGAGAACGGCGAGGGCUACGAGAAAGCGCCGUCGUACAGCUUCAAACACUCGCUCAGUAUGAGCGCGGUGGGAAUAACAGAGAAUGCUAAAGGAGACAACAAGAAGUUUGAGAUUUGGUGCAACUCCAGAGAAGAAGUGUUUAUAGUCCAGGCUCCAACACCAGAGAUUAAAACAGCGUGGGUGAAUGAGAUCCGUAAAGUCCUGACACAACAGCUCAAAGCCUGCAGAGAUGCCAGUCAGCAGAAGAACUUGGACUCUGUUUCCCUGAGUCCCACCAGCAACAACAGCUCCAUCUCACUCAGUCCCUUCCGUAGCAGCGGUCAGAAGAGCCAGAAGAAGCAGGAUGAGAAGAAGGCUGAGCCAGGCCCGACCCCCGACGCCAACUCCUCUUCCUCGCCGAAACACAAAGAUGAACCGGUGACCAGUCCGACCACUGACAGAUCCUCAGUGGCUAAAAAGCGUUUUACUUUGCAGGGCUUCAGCAAUCUCAAGAGUCCAAAAGGCUCGGCCCUGAGCCCCGAACACGGCUCCAAACGCCACACGGUCAAGAGUGACCCCACGCCGUUUGGGUUCAAAGGCUGGAGCAAGGCGUCUCUCUCCGCGGACGCCUCAGAGGAGAAUGACGGCUACUCCAGCGGCGAGGACCCCAUGAACUCUGACCCUGAGGAUGACGUAGGAAAGAAGCUGGCUCCAGGAAAGUAUACCGUGGUAGCAGACUGCGAGAAGGCGGGACCUCAGGAACUGUCCGUCAAGAGUGGAGACGUGGUCCAGCUAAUCAGAGAAGGAGAGGAUGGACAGUGGUUUGUGAGGAACCUCCGCAGCUGUAAGGAGGGUUGGGUGGCAGCGGCGAACCUCCUCAGCCUCAUCUCAGAGUCUAAAUCAUCCCAGUCACUCAGCAGCUCAGAUGGCAGCGUCUCUGGGAACCUCAGCACUUCUUCAAGCUGCAGUGAGACCUACACCAGCUUUUCUGACAUCAAACCCUGACCCCCCCUCCUCGCCCCAUCCCUCCACCUACCAUUCCCAGGUGGAGUUACAAAAAACCCGAAGCCGACUCUUGACAGGAGAACAGAAUCUCAGUGUCCUUUUUUAUAUCACACAGACGCACCUCACAGUUUGUCGGAUCCGACCAAAAACCAGUAUUUACAGUCACCUGUUCCUAUCUGCAAAUGAAAUACAGCCUAUUUCCACUCGGUAGUGUUAUUCCCUCAUUUGAAUUCUUUUCUUUUUACCUUCAAAAACAUCCAUAUCUUGCUAGAAUCCUUCAUUCCAGUGGCAGAAAACUCAGAUAAAAUGAAAAGAUCAGGGAAAAAUGGUUCCUCAACAGACAUGUUAAAGGCAUGUGAUCAAUCAACUCCUGUCAGGCCUUGUGAUUAUGUAGCAUCGAGGUAGACGCAUCUAAUUAUCUGCACUAAAUACGAGGUGUCGGCAGCUUUCCAAAGCUGCUGGUGUCAAACUCGUGUAACUCCUUCAAGUCGACGACAUCACCGCUUCGCUAUAGAUUCUUUGUGUGAAACAUCCGCAGGUACCAUCAGCCCUGGCAUUUCACAUAACACGUCGACUUUAGUGUCAGACAUUUAAUUGUACACUGUGAAAACUGGCAGCUGGCUGCAACAGGAGAAAAAGAAAAAGAAGAAGAAGAAGAAAAAAAGCUUUCAGUGCAUCUUGGAGCAUCACUGAGCAGGUUCAGGGCAAGUCACUGGAAGUCUUGUAAACUUUCUCUUACUUUGUAGGUGAGAUGCAUUCAGGGUGUUAAAUCCCUGUAGUAUCAAAGCAGAAUGCUGUAUUCAUCCCACAUUUCCUAAUUAAGAGCUUCCCUUCACCCUUGCUUUAUGGUAUUAACUACAAUUUAAGCGACACAGUCAAACUCAUCGCUAGGUGAAUGUCACCAACAGCCCUACCUGGUGGUCACGUGUCUUGCACUUCAACAAAGCGAGCGGCAGCUUGAAGCAACUUUUUUCUUUCUUUUUUUUUUUUUUUUUUUGAUAAGAGGGAUUGUCUAACUCGCCUCUGAACUGCUCUGGAUUUACCUCUCAGGAAGCCCAAGAAGUUGCGUGGGCAGGCAGGUGCGACUGCAUACCUGCUUGUGUCGACUAAAUGUUUGUGUGAAUGUGUGUGUGUGUGUGCGCAUUGUUGCUUGUUGUUGGGCGCAAAUCCAACAUGCUUAUGUCGCAAACCCUCAGAAAGGCUGUUAAACCACAAAUACCAGUUGAAACAGAUUUAUACACAAGGCAUUACAGCAUUGUUUACACUGUAAUGUGGUGAUAAUAGUGGGAUCAGUGUUAUGCAUUCACCUGCUGGGGUUUUUUUUUUAUUUAUUUUUUUAAUAGUGGUCCAACACUCCCACAAACGCAGAUGCACACAGAUCUGAGUGAUCUGUGCACAUACAGUAUCGGUGUAUUGUGUUUUUGUGUCAGGGCCACUCUGCUCACCUGUCUGCGGGCUGCAGCAAAACCAGGCUUUGUUCCUCUUCCUCUGCUCCCGGCCCCGCUGAGGCAUGUGACAGUAGCCGCUUCUCUGCUAGCAGAGGCUAACCAGGGCCCAGACCUGCUCAACAUGUUUGCACCGACAGCAAUAUCUGUUUACCUCACACCGCAAUGUAGCUGAGGAACGGUAGUAGUGGAGUCACAAGGUCCAGGAAAAAAAAAAAAAAAAAAAAAAGUCUGACUAUCGGUGUGAAUUGCAGAGCAGGGGUGGUGACUUAGCUGAGCCCUGAUUGGCUCUGAUUGGUCUGGUUUCACAAUGGAAAGGAGGAUGUUGAUACAGGUUGAUAGCACAACCAGCUGCUGUGACACACCUCUUCACACACACACACACGCACACGCACACGCACACACACACACAUAAGGAACACUGAAUGACUUUUCCUUCCCUUUGUUUUUUUUUUUUUUUUUUUAAAGGUGAACAUGGUUUUUAUAUCCCAAGAUUUCUACUGUAAGGUGCACUGUAAAAACAAUCUCUUCCUUUUUGCCGUCCUUGAUGUUGAAUGUCUGACAGACAGAUACAGAGUGCAGCACGCUGUUGCACUAAGACCAGCCGCACCCAUCUAUUACAAGAAUGAGUUGUAUUUGUCCACUGGGUUAACAGAGCCAUGAUUAACACCACUGUGGUUUUGAAACUCUGUCCCAGCUAUGAUUAGUGGUCUUAAUUAUUUUUCUCAAGCUCUUUUUGUUGAGAACCACUUUAAAGAUUUUUUUUUUUUUUUACUUAAAUCACAAACUGCAUGUCCUCCCUGUGAAAGGAAAGGUUCUUCUCCAGAAAAAGAAAAGUUUACAGAUCUUUCGGUGUCAAACUGUGAGCUAAACCAGAGAGUAAACUGUGGCUGGCAUUAUGUGUUGAUCCAUGUGAGUUCUGUAAAACUGACAAAUGUAUGUUACACUUGUACAGAUGUGUCCUCUCUAUACCUCGCAUCGUUUUCCUCGAGAGCAUGUGUAUUGUGAAGAGGAUCCUGUUUUUUUUUGUGAGUCUCUCUGUCUAUGAUCACUCUUUGUGGCAUGUUGUUCAUAAAACCUCUCAUAUCAAAGCCCUGAGCAAGGCAAGUAUUUUUUACCUGGCACUGUUGUAUAUUGUGAGAGUUUAUUUUCUGCCCUCUAAUGAAAGCUGACACGGGCACUAAACUUGUCAGUGUUCGAUCAUGAUCACACAAUAAAGCUUAUUGAAUUAUUUGUACUUUUUACUUGGAGGGUGGAGAGAUGAGAAGGGUUAUAUUUUUUAGUUUCUUUUUAUGCAGCACAUUGCAGCGACCACUGUCUUUAUUUUCCUAUUGUAUAUCUACUGAGUAUGGUGUUGAUAUAAAGAUAUUAUAAUGAGACAUAUCUGUGUAUAUUUGUAAAUAUGUAAUUCUGAAUUGUAUGUAAAAUGAAAAGCAGCUUUAAUAAAGUCUGACAUGGUUUCCUCUAUAA